AUGGGAAGAUUAUAACUACUCAACAAAUGUUACCCUGAAAUACCUUUAAAAGAAUCCUAAAUUAGCUUAAGCCUAUAAUAACAGAAGUAAAAUUGAAUAUCUAAUUUAGGGAGCUUAUAUUUGAAACUAGAAUCACUAAAUCAUCCAUUAAUAUUUUUUAACCUGAUAGAUUAUUAUUAAACCCUUACUAAGAAUAACUCUAAUGUUGUUUUGAAAAAGUAAUAACAAAGAUGUAGAACUCAACUGAAGUAGCACAACAUUAGACUGCAAAAUAAAAUAUUAAUUUUAUAAUACAUAAGGCAGAGUUCCUAAAUAAAUUAGAAAAAGUCAAUUUUUAAUUGACAACUCAAAGUAAAUCAAAUUAUAGCAAUCCCAAUUAUUGA